CAAGAAUUACGAGCGUGAACAAAUCAAAACGAGGCCGGACGAUCAUAAACUAGCCGGAUAAUUCCAAAUCCGAAGUCGCUAAUCGAUCGAUGAUUGUUCCAUCCAUCCAUUCCUUCCCUGUCCUCGUCGAAACUCCCAACUUUCUCUGCAAAAAUCUCUGAAUCCCUGAAUCGUCGUCUGCCUCCUUGCGUCAUCGAGCAAAGUCCGUGUUCAUGAACCACCCCCACCCACCUCCGCGCGGUCGAAUGGACCCCAACGCCGCCGUCCUGGUGCGGCCCCACGUCGCCGGCGGCGUCCGCUCGCUGGCCGGCAACCGGCGGCCGCCCCGUCCGGCGGGUCGCGUCUCGCUGGCUCCCCCGGCGGUCCCGCCGCUGCGCGUUUCACGGCAGCAGGGAUCUGUAGUGGCUGCGAGGGGACGAGUCUGGGCGAGUGCGAGCGGUUCAUUUGAGAAAGAUCACACUGGUGGAGAUGACGAUGUGUUAGCUUCGCCACAGAUAGUGGAGGAGAGCAACGUCGAUUUGCUGAAGAUUCUGAAGAGUGCCAACACCAUUAUUCCCCACAUAGUGCUGGGGAGCACAAUUCUUGCUCUGGUGUACCCACCUUCUUUUACAUGGUUCACAACUAGAUAUUAUGCACCAGCAUUGGGCUUCCUGAUGUUCGCAGUGGGUGUUAACUCAAGUGUUAACGAUUUCAUUGAAGCUAUACAAAGACCAGAUGCUAUAGCUGCUGGUUAUGUUGGACAGUUUAUUAUCAAGCCUUUCUUUGGAUUCCUUUUUGGCACUCUUGCAGUUACAGUUUUCAAUCUUCCUACUGCUUUAGGAGCUGGUAUCAUGUUGGUUUCAUGCGUGAGUGGAGCACAACUAUCAAACUAUGCAACGUUCCUGACAGAUCCUCAUAUGGCCCCCCUCAGCAUUGUUAUGACAUCAUUGUCAACAGCUACUGCUGUUUUUGUCACUCCAACUUUAUCCUACUUUCUUAUUGGCAAGAAAUUACCGGUGGAUGUCAAAGGGAUGAUGUCCAGUAUUGUUCAAAUAGUGGUUGCUCCAAUUGCAGCCGGAUUGCUUCUGAAUAGAUAUAUUCCAUGGCUCUGUUCAGCUAUUCAGCCAUUUCUCCCUCCACUAUCGGUUUUUGUGACUGCUUUAUGUGUUGGUUCGCCAUUGGCCAUAAAUAUUAAGGCUGUUUUGUCACCAUUUGGACUAGCCACAGUGCUUCUCCUUUUUGCAUUCCAUACAACAUGUUUUGUAGCUGGAUAUCAUCUUGCUGGUACUUGGUUUCGCAAGUCAGCAGAUGUAAAGGCACUGCAGAGAACUGUAUCUUUUGAGACAGGAAUGCAAAGUAGCCUUCUUGCUCUUGCUUUAGCAAACAGGUUCUUCCCAGACCCACUAGUGGGAGUGCCCCCGGCCAUAUCCGUUGUGCUGAUGUCCCUAAUGGGGUUUGCUCUUGUUAUGGUAUGGGUGGCGGCCAUGGCGCUGGUCUGGGACUACGGGGAGAGGACGGGGAUCAAGGGCUGGAAAGGCCUUUCUUGGGGAAUGGUUCCACUUCUUGGUGGAGCGAUGUGCGCUUGCACGUGGCAUUUCUUCUAUAAUUCGGAGUCUCUUGAAGUGCUUGUAGCUCUCCAAGGUGCUCUAACAGUGAUUGGUAACAUUACAAUGUGCAUAGCUGCAUUUCGCAUCUUCAAAGCGUCCCAGGAAAGCUCAAAAAGUUCAUAGGUGGAAGCUUCUUGAGAAUGUCAAAAUACGCCCGACUUAAAUUGUGAAUGAUAACUCCGAGAACACAGACAAUGAAAGCUUCUGAAAGGCUCACGGCUACUUAAGAAGAGAUGAUUUGUGACCAGACUGAAAGAGCCGUUGUUUUGUAUUUAUCAGUUCUGCAGCACCCUGAAAUUUGUGUGUUGACUAUUUGACUCAAAAUUUCUAGAUAAUGAGUGUAUUGACUCAGAUAAGAAGAAAGUUUACCUCA